AUGUCACUUACUAACCGAAAGAGAAAAGAGCCUUCUUACAAGAAUGACGUUGCUAAUGACACGCUAGAGAAUGCAAACUCCGACUCUUCUGUAUAUACAUCCGAAGAAGAUAAUGUAGAUACGUCUUUAUCUGAGUCUUCCGCCAAUACUACAAAUGUCAUUUCUUCUCCAGCAAAGAGGUCCAAAAGCGAAGGAAUUAAUGGUUCAUCAAAUACAAAUCAAUUUUUACGAGAAAAUAAAACGGCAGCACGGGAGAAAAGCAAGACGGCACAAAUAUUAAAAGAACGCCC